AUGCUGCAGCAGACUGCUGCGUUGCAGCAGCAGCAACAGGAUCCACCGCUGCAGCAGCAGGAGCGACGACAACAGCAGCACCAGCAGCAGCAGCAAUGCCAGCCAGAACAGUCAAUAACAGAACCGCAGCAUCAGGAGCAGCAGCAGCACGAAAAACCUAAAAGGCCGCAGCAGCACUCUCUGCUGCAGCUGCAGCCCUCCCCAACGCAGCAGCAGCACCAGCAGCAGCAACAGUUGCUGCUGCAGCAGAACGACUUGCUGCUGUGCCAUCCGCUGAAGCGGCUGCUGCAUCUUCGGGCAGCAGUAGAGCCGCAGCUGCUGCAGUUCUUUGGUGUCCCUGUGUUGCUGCUGCAGCAGCUCAACGCUGACAACUGCUGCUGCUGCACUUCUUGUUGCUGCUGCGGGCUGCAGCAGACACUGCUGCACCGUCAACAGCAGCAGCAGCAACAAGAACAGCAGGAACAGGGAAAGGUUGAACGGCCCAGCAGCAGCAACAGCAGCAGAAGUAACAGCCACAGCAACAACAGCGACGGCAGCACCAGCAGCAGCAGCAGCACUAGUUGGAGUAGCAGCAGCAGCAGCAGCAGCAGUAGCAACAGCAGCAGCAGCAGCUGCACACAUUUUCCUGCAGCACCUUCUCUGGCAGAUGCUGCGGCAGCAAGUGCAGCAGCAGCAGCAGCUGCUGCAGCAACCGCAGCAAACUCUGCAGCUUUCAAGUCACCGUGGAUGAGAGCUGCAGCAAGUCCAACAGCAGCAGCUGAGCAUCCCUUCCCCGCUGUUUCUGCUGCUGCUGCUGCUGCAGCUCCUGCUGCAGCUGCUGCUGAGGCAGCGGAACUAGACGCCUUUGCUGCUGCAACGAGCAAUGAGUGCAGCAGCAGCAGCUGCACUUGCACUGAAGCAGCAGCAGCAGCAGCAGCAGCAGCAGGGAGCACGGGCAAAAGGAAGCGGUGGCUGCUUCUCACGUCCCGAGCAGCAGCAGCAGCAGCCGCAGCGCUUGAGUGCAGCAGCGGCAGCAGCAGCACCAAGUCGGAAGUUCAGCAGUAUGCGCAGCUGCUGCUGCUGCGAUCACAGCUGCUGCUGCUGCCGACCCCACAGCUGCAGCAAGGGAACGUUGUGGUCUUUGCCUGCGACUGGUUGCUGCUGCUGCAGCGGCUGCUGCAGCAGCAGCAGCGCGGCGCUGCAGCAGAUGCAGCAGCAGCAGCAGUUGCAGCAAUUAAAGGAAAGCAAGCAGAUGCCCCCGCUCUCAAGCAGAGCAGCAAAAGGCUGCUGCUGCUGCCUGCUGCGCUGCCGCGGCAGCUGCUGCAGCUUUUUCGAUUCGUGCUGCUGCCGCUGCAGCAGCAAGGCGUGCUGCAGCAGCAGCAGCUUCUGGCUGCUUUCAAAGGCUACUUGCUGCAAUGGAGGCGGCGUCGUUUUGCCGCUGCUGCUGCGCUUUCAGAGGCAGCAGCAAUAGCAGCAAACGCAGCAGCAGCAGCAGCUGCUGCUGCAGCAUCAGCAGCAGCUGCUGCUGGACCUGCCACGCAGACCUGUGGCCGUAAGCGACAGAGGCAGCAGACAGCAUUAAGAACAGGAACAGCAGCAGCAGCAGCAGACCGUUCAGCAGAAGCAGCAGCAGUAGCAUCAGACCGUUCAGCAGAAACAGCAGCAGCAGCAGCAGAAGCAGCAAGAGCAGCGCAGCAGCAGCUUAGGGAAGUGCAGGCAGCAGCAAAGCGGCUGCUCUCCCUUGCAGAGGAAGUUGCCCUUUGGCGACUGACAAAACUGCAGCAGCAGCAGCUGCAGCAGCUGCAGCAGCAGCAGAAGCAGCAACAGCAGCAGGAGGGCGGCGAUUGUGUUUCAACAAAUGCCGCUGAGCCGCUCAGCAGCAGCAGCACUAGCAGCAGCAGCAAUAGCAGCAGCAGCAACAGCACCAGCAGCAAUAGCAGCAGCAGCAAUGGCAGCAGCAGCAGCAGUAGCAGCAAGAGCGCGAGAACUUUCGAUGAACUGAGGCAGCAGCAGCAAAAGAAACAAGAGGAGCUGCUCCUCGAAAUGCUAAGAAGCAGCAGCAGCAGCAGCAGCAGCAGCGGGACUCUCUCUGCCUUCUGCUGCCCCAGCAGCAAGUUGCUGUUUGGGGGUCCCCAGAGAGUUCCCUGCGUAUUAUGUGCGCAGCAGCAAAAGGAAGCUGCUGCUGCUGGUUUGCUGCUGCUGCUGCAGGGCUUUGGUUUGCUGCGGUGUCCCCCCCUGUCCGGCCAGCAGCAGCAGCAGCAGCUGCUGCAGCAGCAGCGGCAGCAGCAGCCGCUGCUGCUGCUGUCGCUGCCCACCAUCGGGCCCCUGUGCCUGUGGCUGCAGCAAGGGGAAGCAGAGCUGCUGCAGCGGCUGCGGCGGACGCAGCACAAAGAGCUGCUGCUGCAGCAGCUGCAGCAGCAGCUGCAGCAGCAGCCCCUCAAGGCCUGCGGCUUGGGCCUUCGCUUUUUGCUGCUGUUUUUGAUUGGCUGCGGAAGGCUCAGGUGUGUCUCUCUGCCUCCCACCAACCAGCUGCUGCUGCAGAUCCCCUAA